UGGAAGAGAUCAAAAGAAAUGACACCGUUUGGACACAACUUUAAAUACCCAGUACAGUCAACUCUCUGUCUCUUGUGUAAUGUGAGAGAGCGGGAGUUAAUACCCUGAGCCCGCUGUGGAAUCAGAACAUAAGAGAGCUGGAACCACGAUGAUUUGCCCUUUGGCGGAUUGUCUUGAGGAGAGACACCAAGCCUCUUCCUUUUCUCUGGUGUUGCUUCACUCAUUUCUGAAGCCCUGAGGAGCACCUCCUUGAAUACACAAUAAUUACAGCUUCAGACCAGGUCACUGAAGCAAAAAAUGUCAGAAAAUUCGAAUGGACCUUCCAGGACAGAACCGGAUUACAGAUAUAAAAAGGAUGAGCUGUUUAAAAGGCUGAAAGUGACUACUUUUGCCCAGUUGGUCAUCCAGGUUGCCUCUCUAUCUGAUGAAACCUUAGAAGUGACAAAUGAGGAGAUCCACAAGCUGGAAGAUCGUGAUUCUGCUGCUCCAGAUGCAGAUGCUGAAGGCACAGCAGGGACAAAUGGGAAAGGAAACCCCGAUGGGACACCUAGUCCGGUCCUGUUCAUAAACAACACGGGAGCUGGGGAAUCCUAUCGGUCCACAUUGCAGAGUGUGAUAAGUGGUGUUGGUGAACUGGAUAUAGAAAAGGACACUCCAAAGAAAGUGGAUGCUCAGGCUAAAGACCUGCCUUAUCCUGACUGCCCCUUCCUGCUUUUGGACGUACGAGACCGAGAUGCAUACGACCAAUGUCACAUUGUUGGAGCUUACUCUUAUCCUAUUGCAACACUGUCUAGAACCAUGAACCCAUAUACAAAUAGUAUUCUGGAAUAUAAAAAUGCACAUGGAAAAAUUAUCAUCUUAUAUGACAAUGAUGAGAGGUUAGCCAGCCAGGCUGCAACAACCAUGUGUGAGAGGGGCUUUGAGAACUUGUUUAUGUUAUCUGGAGGCCUGAAGGUCCUUGCCCAGAAGAUCCCAGAAGGUCUGGUCACCGGCUCACUCCCCAUGUCCUGCCAGCUGGCAGCUCCCACUGGAUCUGCCCGAAAAAAGACCUCUCCCAAAAUGCCACCUGCACUUGCUGAGAACAAAUGGAGAUUUUCUGCAGAUGAUCUAAAAAAAAUAAAGUACUACCUAGAAGAGGAGCACAUUCCUUCAGAUACUGCCAGCCGGCUUAGCCAUGGUUCUUCAGGCCACAAUUCCAAGGUGACAACCGUGAGGAGCAGCCCCAGUCUCCCCAGCACCGCUGGCAACAUGGCACCCCUCACUGCCCGCUCAGUCAGCAGGAGCAGCCUCCAGAACAGGCCAUGGAAAUAAGCAGCAGUGUCUUCCUCCACUGAAUAAAUGAAUGUCCAGGUUCUGGGAACCCUGAGCAGUGCAGCCUGUUUGUCGUUUUAGGAAUCCGCAGAGAAAAGCAGCGGUGGUAUAUAAAUGGCAGCUCGGGUAAGGCUGGGGGAGGUGGAACGGUUGAUGUUUCAUAGAAGCAGGAACAGUAUCACUUUGGCAAGGCUGACCUUUUGGUGCAGUAUCAGGACAGAAUUGAUAUAACUGAUUUUGUAGGGGAGGGAGGAAACUGGUAGUAAAGCCUGUGACCAGUAGAAACGGUUCUGCGAAGCUUGUAGUUCAGAUGAAUGAAUUUGUGUCUGUAACAUACUCCUCCUGUGCUGUGCCUGUGAGAACAGGAGAACACAUGUGAAGGUAAACAGGCCAGAAAUCAUCUGUGAGCAAAAACUUUGGUGUUUUGUAGCAGAGAUACAGACAUUCAGCAACUUGCCAAAACAUUGGAGAGAGGAUUCUGUAAGUGUUUGGGUUUUUUUAAAUUUAUGCUAAUGAUCAGAAGUAUUUGUAAUAAAGUUGUUUUUUUAAAUAAUGCCCAGCAUGGAACUGUAACCUGACAGUUGUGUUUACUCAUGGACAGUUCAUGAAACAGUUCUGUAUUUUUAAAGGUGAGCUGGAGGAGAAAAUAACUGUUUUCCCUCUUUUCUCCCUUAUUGUCUGGAAUGUUUAGCUUCUAACUGCUUUUUCUGCUUUGUUCCUUGCUGUGGUUACAGAGAGCUACUGUGUGGUGGUUUUGGUUCUAAAUGAGAGUAAGGCUGCCAGAUGUGCUGGUUUUUAGCUGACAAGUCUUAGGGCAAAAUCAUCUGCUGUGCCCCUCCUUUUGGUGUGCAGGCAGAGUGUCUCCUUAGUUCCACUGUGCGCCGGUAGCUUGCUCCUUUUCUGACCUGCCAGAACAGGUUGCUGGUCACUGGAACUGCAGAAAACUACGGUGUAUGUGGAGGAGCCAGUCACCCUUCUGCUGACAAGGCUGACUUUCCUAACCUCUUAGAGGCAGCUGUGGGUCGAGGUUAGGAGGCAGAAUGUCAUUUUGCUUUGUAAAAUGUUUUUUGUGAUACUUGGAGGCAAACUGUAUUCUUCAGUGGAGCAGCAAAGAGCUCUGCAGUUCCAGUGCCUGUUAGAGGCUGGAAAUUUAUCCCCAGUUACACCCUUGCUAGUGUUUUUGGAGUAGCUUCUUUAAGGUUAGGGUGGCUGAAGGGAAAUUUUCUUCUGCCCUCUCACCAGGAUCCCUAAAACCUAGCAGGGACGAUGAAUCUGGUAACUGAACAGGGCAUGAAGACUUCAUAGAAAAUGAGUAUCGCAGCUUUCAUCAAAUCAGUGCUUCCACCAUACCAGUAUUGGUUGAGUGACCAGGAAAUCAUCUGAAAUUACCCAGUGACAAAGCAGAGUUGCCUACUAGAGACAUUUUAGGUGUUUACAGAGAGAUCCUGCUCUCUAGCCUUUAUCUACAGGAUUGCUCAGCUUGGUCCAGCUUUGGCUUCCUGGUCUUGUGGGUUUUGUGCAUGGCUUUUGGGGUUUCAGUGCGGGGUUUUUCCCCUUUUUAAAGUAGACAAGUAAUCUUCAACAGACCCCAAAAUUCACUGCUGGUGCAGAUCAUCAGGGGAUAAUUCUGGUGAAAGGGCAAGGCUAGAGAAAUUGCACAUAAUUUCCAGUUUGGCAGUUUAAGACUCAACAUCCCUGAGCACAUUUAUCAUGUUUAUUGUGUCUCCAUGAGUCUUAAAUCAGAGAAGUGCUGAUACAGGAACUGGCAGUCUCAUUCUGGUGAGAGCCGUAACCUCAGUCCUCUCCAGAGAAGAGUGAGGUGAUCAGCACAAACCUCUGAUGCUGUUUUGGGAUCCCCCAGAGGGAGAAUAAGGGGAAAAAUUGAGGGUCAUAGGGCAGAGCCAGCAUUUAAAAUGUACUGAACAAAGUACUUCAAAGAGCUGAAUGUCCCUGUAUGUUCAAAUAUGCAUCUAUAUUUUUAUAUGUAACAAAAUCUGAUUGCAGGGAGGUAACUUAAAGCUGCCAGCUUCCCAAAGAAGUCCUUGGAUGCUUUCAGUUGUACAAACCAGCUCUAAUUUGGACUAACUGUCCUUCCAAUCCAUCCACUAAGGAUCACACAUGUCCUGGGUUUCCAUUGGGAGUGUGUGUGUGUGUAAGUCUGUACUGUAAGAGUGGGGCUGGUCAGGUAUGAAGAUAAAAAUACUAAUGGGUCUGGUCGUGUCUUAUUUCAGCCCAUCCAUAGGAAGCUGGAUGCAUCUCACCAUCUUACUAACUGCUCUACUUUCUUACCUUCCUACUUGAUCACACUUCUGGAAGCCACCUUCUUGUUUUAGUUGUAGGCAUAUUUAUUUUGAACAAAGUAGCUUGUCCUCCUAGGUCAGACUGGUUGGCUUUCCGUGGAACGGCAGCAUUGCUUUUUGAGAGAAAAGUGUUUACUUAAAUGCUCUGAGCCCAAAGCAGGAGCUGCAGGGACCUGGUUCUUGUCUGCACUCUUCUUCACUCGCAGCCUUGGGAAGCUGGCUGACCUCUUGGGGCUUUAGUUACUGAGUGACAAUGCUUUUAGGUGGCCUAAUAAAAUAACUAAAAGCUAAAUAAAGCUUUCAAAGGAGUUUGGUAUUGAAGCAUUGCAGGAAUACCACAUUUAGCUUUGAAUGUUGGGGUAUAACGUGGCUCACGCUGCUGCAUAGUCUGAUCUUGAUGUCCUGAGUCCGCUACUCCUUCCUGUACAGCACCUCUAUUUUUAUGUCAUCGUGAAAUAAAAACAUUGAAUGAAGCAGUAUCUCCUGCAUAAUUCAGUUGGUAGCUUGCCUAGGCCGGUUGCCUGAAAAAUGAUACUACCUGAUUGAUUUAGCUGAAUGUGCACAAGAGAGGUAAGAGCCAUUUAUUAUGUGCUUGAAAGACAGGGACCAGUACAGCACGCAGGGUCGCACCGGUGUGCGAGUAGGAGGCAUUUCAGCUCUGUGAGCACUUGGAAGUGUAUGAAAUGCAUUUGUCUGAAAAUGGAGAUGAGAAUAGGGAUCAUGUGUGUCUGCUUAUGUCCUGAUUUUGCUAUCCAGCUGUGGGAGACAGAUCUGAAAUCCCUGGCUGCUCUGCUCUGGGCUGCAUGAAAACAUCCUUCUGAAGCAGAUGGACAAAACUAGUCCGAACUGUUUGAGGCCCUCUAAAUCCAGGGCAUCGAAGGAAGAACUGAAUGUACUUUCCCGUCUUGAUGGAUUUAUAUGUUUUUGGACUCUUGACUUGGUAUUGUUUGGAAGAUAGAGUCAAACUCUAUAGAGUCUGGGAGUUUUAAUUAUUUAAUUUAAUAAAAAGUAAAUGAUA